GUGCAAUAUUGACAACUUUGUGAUUUCUUUGGAAGGCUUUCCUAGUUACCGAAACUUUUCUUGCAAUUUACUCUACAAUAUUAAGCUAAAAUGCCUUCCAAUGCCAAAGUUUUCAUCAAGUAUGGCCCAUAUGAAGCAGUUGGUAAUGUUGAAUACAGAGAUUCAAGACUGCAGGGUCUUAAAGCUAUUCUCACCAAAGAUGGCCACACUGUUGAAUUUGUAAAGGUAGAAGACAGAAAUGCUGUUGAGUUGUGUGUCAAUGGGGAAACCGUCUUCACAUGUGACAUAAAUGAGCUUGAUUAUGGUUCAGACGGUGAAUUAGACCCCCUCUGUAUCAAAGCCAAAGAAGCUGUGAAGAAAGCCUAUUAACCAUAUGGCAAACAAGAACAAUUGUUUGUUUCCUAUUUCCCAAACCACCAAUUUUUUUUAUGUGUUUCUGUUCUCCUUUUGCCAGUUUUGGUAUUCAGUUUCAAUAGUUUCUUUCAAGGGAAAAACGUGCAAAUGAACACAGGCAAAAUAGUUUUUCAGUUAUGAUGAAAAUGAUAUUAAUAAGACACAACUUUUCUUAAACAAAACAGAAAAAUCCUGACCUACCUGCAUUAUAUUUUAUGACAGGGAAAUUAGAAACAAACAAUUUUUUACCAUUAUAUCAUGCAAAGACACAUACACUUUGAUCAUAUCAUAAAUAACAUGAAUAGCAUUAAACACUGAUUGAUUAUAUCAUUCAAAGACACAUACACUUUGAUCAUAUAAUAAAUUACAUGGAUAGCAUUAAACACUGAUUGACUGUAUUGUUUUAUGAUUAUAAUGUUUUUAUAUUGAUAAAGAUAAUUUAAAAGUGA